AUGCCGCAGCAGAUUAACACCGUCGCCGUCAUUGGCUGCGGUAUCAUCGGAUCGAGCUGGGCAUCUCUGUUCCUCUCCAGAGGCCUGAAUGUCAUCAUCUUCGAUCCCGCAGAUGGAGUCGAGAAAACGUUCAAGCGAUACCUGCAAGAUGCGUGGCCCGCUCUAGAAGCAUCUGGGGCUGUUGAAGAUUCAUGGGCGGAGAACUAUAAGUUCGUCGACGACCUGGUGUCGAGCCUGCCCGAAGCAGAUUUCGUACAAGAGAAUGGACCAGAGCGCCCCGAGUUCAAGCAGCAGCUGAUGGGGACGCUUGAUCAAUACGCUAGACCGGGCGUUGUUAUCGCCUCAUCUUCUUCAGGUCUGCCGGCGUCUGGUUUUAUCGGGCAGUGCCGGCAAGAUCCAACUCGUAUACUAGUUGGCCACCCGUUCAAUCCACCACAUCUAGUCCCAUUAGUGGAAGUUGUCCCUCACCCUAGCACCAACACCUCCUCAAUAUCCACUGCAAUGGAUUUCUACAGGUCGAUUGGGAAAAGCCCCAUCCACCUUCGCCACGAAGUCCCAGGGUUUGUUGCCAACCGUCUUCAAGCCGCGAUCAACAACGAAGCAUACAGCCUUAUCAGCCGCGGUAUUGUCUCAGCUGAAGACCUUGAUACGGCGAUAACAUCAGGUCCAGGUCUUCGGUGGGCUCUGACAGGUCCAUUUGUUACAAAUUCGCUUGGUGGAGGAGGAGGGCCUAACGGGUUUAUACAGCGAAUUGAACGUCUUGGUCCUUCGAUCCAGAGCUGGGAGGCGGAUAUGUUGAAGCACCGAUUUGAUUGGAGUCCGAAAAGUCUGGCUGCGCUGAAAGUUGGGGCUAUGAAAUGGCUUGAAACGGCAGAUUGGGCUGGCAUCAAUGGCAAGCGAGAUCAGAUGUUGCUAGAGUUGCUGGCAACAAAAUCCAAGGCCUCAUCGGUCACAUAG